AUCAACAGGUGGUUGCAGUAUAGCAUAAACACAUAGCAGCGGAGCGAGUCGCCAUGAGGUUCUUGUCGAUAUCCGUACUCUUUCUCUUUUUGUCUUCGUCGGCAGCCAAACCUACUGCCGAGGCCUCCUCCUCUGAGGCGUGGCUUCUAGAAUUCAGUGUGGAGUACAGCCAGAUCGUCUUCAACCCCGCAAAGAACAACUUCCUCGCCCUGGCCAGCAACCCUCAUGUGUUCGAUGUGAUAGACUUUUCUUCCGGCAAGCCUUCCGUAACGCUGCGGUUCGUGCUGCCCCUCCCGGGACAAAUGCUAGCUGUGGAACCGGACGGCGCCCUCGCGGCAGUCGCGCACAACUCUUACGUCAGUUUUAUCGUCUUGGGUGCGACCGUGCCUUACAUGAACACGUACACCAUCCCGGUCGUGCAGACGUCGGGGAUGGUCGUGGUCAACAGGAAGGUCUGUAUCUGGCCGGGAUAUGGACAGUGGACCAACGUCGUCUGCGUUUCUCAUGACGGCAGCUACGAAAGGUGUUCUAACCAAAUCUAUGGCGGUAACCUGGCGUUCCUCCACCCGAACAGGAAGUGGGUGUACUCCCCUACCACAGGCCUGUCUCCGCAGUCCGUGCACAAGUCCAUGGUCAACUCCACCUGCCUGGAUCAGCUAUGGGAUAACCCGAACUUUGGGGACUACUACUACGGAACACACUGGUGGUUCUCCUAUGACGGUACCCGAGCCUUUCUCGACAAUGGCAUGACCCUGACUGCCUCAGACGACCAAAACACAGACAUGCAAGUGCACGGCUACUUCAACGCCAGCACAGAUAACAACCCCCACAUCUGGAUCAGCCAGUCCUCAGGUGACCAGUACUACGUGGCUGGCCUGAAGCCGGACACCUCCAACAUCACCCUGUACACCUGGCCGUACCUCAUGCCCACACAGACUCUCCCCUUCCCUGUACCUGACGACCCCAAGGCCACCAACCCACAGCCACUGCAGGUCCACUAUGCUGAUGACGGCAGGCUGUACACUGUGGGGAAGUAUGGGCAGGGUGGGGAGAUAUGGGGCCUUGGAUAUAUUGAGUUCAACUGAGCUACAUUUUGUUAACCUGUAGUAUACUAUGGGUAACCUUUGUCAAUGGAACAGACUUAGGCCAAGGAGCUUUAAUUCAAAGCUCUUUGCUUAGACAAAGUAAAAACAAAAUGUACAUUUUUAUGGAAGAAAGAUCAUGAAGGUCGACUCAUUCGCUUUUGCAUUUUAUAGGACUUAUUUGUCAAAUUUCAAGGGUUCAUAGAGCACUGUUGAUUAAAUAUUUUGCAACACACAUACAAUGAAAUUAAGCAAUUUUAGGGAAUGGUGUUGCUUCUACAACUUAAUUUUUUGUUACUGGAAGAUUUCAAAAUAAAGAACAAAACAGAAGGGCAGUUAACAUGCAGACAGUAGGGAAUAUGGAAACUUUAUUAUAUCCUCACAGAAGUAAAAAGUACAGGGAACUGAAAAUUCACAAUAGCACCUCACCCUGGUGAAUAGCUUAUCAUGGUCACUGAAUGAUACAAAAAUAUCCCCUAUGUAAGAGCCAUCCCGUAAUGUAUGAACAUGAUCACUGUACACCCUAUAUCAUACCUGUGCCAAGCUUAGCUAUGCCAAAUUACAUUCAUUCAUUUGUCCCGGUCGAAAUAAAUUUCAGUGAAAAUCUGUAUUUUUUUCUGUUAGCUCUACAGACUUUAAUUAACUGCAAUCCAAGUAAUCUUCCUCUAUAAGUGAGAGCAAAAGGUCUAUUGUUUUUUUCUUCUCAAGUCUAGUUGGCCUGGGAUCAGUUGUUAUAGGUUACAGAGACAAAUUUGAAGAAAUCUAAUUUAGCACAUUCUGUUGACAAUAUUGUAUGUAUAUCAUCUUCUAUGUAAAAAGUCAGAAAUAAUUGAAAUGAACAUAUACAUACAAGUCUUGAUUUUGUGUUUGCGAGAACGUUAAGUAGGUACAGUCCACACAGGGCAUUUAAGCCAUUACCUCCUAACAAAGUGGUCACUGUUUGCACAUUGUAUAAGUACCUUCUUAAUGAGAGACCAGGUUGGUAACAAAACUGCAGUUGUAGUACCGCACUGGUAUGCUAGGGGGUGUACAGGGCCAAUUCUUUCUGGUUACCAGUAGUUCUGUUCUCAGAUAUACUUAAUAAUAGCAGGACACCACACCAUGUAAAAUGGACAUAAGACUACCUACAAUAAAUACAGCCUUACUUAAAACUUACUUACGAUGGACUACGGUAACUAAAGGAGUGACAAAUCCAACUCUUAAACCUAUUUUACUACAUCUACAGGGACAAGAUGCUCAAUUCUUGUGGGCAAGUGGGAGGCAGAGGGUUAUAAUUAGAAGUGGUUGGCAAAGUGUAAAGGAAGUUGAGACUCAAACAUCAAAAAAGGAUGGUAUAAAAGAAAAGGGAACGGUUUGAAGCAAAAUUGAGCAUAAGGUCCCUCUACACUAUGUAUAACUUUAAAAACCAAAAGCUCUCUGUAUAAUGUACACCAAUUACAAGUCCUCAUCCUUGAUUAUCUAAUUAAAAAAACAACAACUUGAAAUUACAUCGCUAUACCCUGGGUUUUACAACCCACCCAGUAAGAAUGUGCCCCAUAACUCUGAAAUUAUUAUAAUUUCAUGAUGACCGUAAUUUCAAAACAUCUACUUUCCAUGUGUAGCCUGGCAAGUCAAUACCAGUCUCAGCAUUUCCUCAAAACGUAUAAAAAGCCCCCCAAAAAUUUAAAAGUGUGAUUGCCAAAUUUGCAUCAAGUCAAAAAAGAUUUGUUAAAUAACAAAAUACCCUGCCUAAAGAAAAUUAACUACCAGAAUUAAAAAAUAUACCAUCCCCAUUACUUGUGUCUACAUCUGCCAUUUCAUAAUACGAUUAUGCAAUUUCAUACAGACACACAAAAGAAUAAUAAAAAAAA